UGCACACAAUCCCAAUCCCGACCUCAGAUGCGGAGUGAUGGCUUCAAUCCUUCAUUAAUCUGCUAUAGCGAGAUUUGUCCAUGGAAAUUCCUUCCCUUGCCUUACACCUUGGCCCCCUGGUAAGCCAUAAUAAAAGCCAUCAAUGCCGCGCAGCAAAGCCGACAAAAGCAAACAUGCCAUUUUCCAUAAAAUUUAGCGUGUAUACCGUACCGUGCCACCGGCAAACUCCAUCUGCCUCUCGCUCUCCAACGCAGUUUAGCCUCGGUUCGCACCCGCCGGUUCGGCGCCCGAGGUGGCGCGCCACGAGCAAAACCCAUCUCCGCCUGAUUUGCCAGCCACUGGCUGCGGUAUGUACCGGUGUUGUAGCCGCCUUUGGUAUUGUUCUUGCUUGAUUGUUGUAUGGUGUCGGGCAUAUGACGGUGUCCGCACAGUCUCUUCUGUA